AUGGAAGAAAAUGCUCGUCGAGACCCAGAGCGCCAAGAGGAUUCCAGUCGAGGCGAGGAGUCCAACCGGGCCAUCAUGCCUCUCCUCCAGCCACCUGGCAACCAGCAGUCCCACAGGAACACCAACUUUUACAUCGACGAUAUUUUAAGACCGGACUUCGGCCGAAAGAGGAAGGACAGGACUUUGGUCCGGGAGGGAGACAGUCUGGGAGUGAUCAUACGAAGAGAGGAGCUGACGGGGAGAAAGGCUUCGAAAACUGGCAACCCGCAGCAGGGUGGAGCAGGAGAGGAAGAGGACACGGGAGCAUCCGACGACCAGCAUCCGGACCCUGAGGCCAGGAGGCCUGACCUGAUAGUCGGUGAUGCCCCUAUGAAGGGCCGGGGGGGCGGCGGGGACCGCUGCCGCAGCCCCCAGGCCAGCUCGGCUCCUGCAGCCAAGCCGAUGCUGUGGCCAGCCUGGGUUUAUUGUACCCGCUACUCAGACCGGCCGUCAUCAGGGCCCAGAUCCCGCAAACCAAAGAAGGCGCCGACCCCGACUAAAGAGGACAAGCGGCCCCGGACGGCCUUCACCGCGGAGCAGCUCCACCGGUUGAAAACUGAGUUCCAGAACAACCGGUACUUGACUGAGCAGCGGAGGCAGAGCCUGGCCCGGGACCUUGGCCUCAACGAGUCUCAGAUCAAAAUAUGGUUUCAGAACAAACGGGCCAAAAUCAAGAAAGCCUCCGGGAAUAAAAACUCUCUGGCGCUGCAUCUCAUGGCGCAGGGACUGUACAACCACUCCACGGCCAAGGACGCCAAGUCGGACAGCGACUAG